UUCUCGAUUCACGUAUCGGGCCGCAUACAUUCACCCAAUCAUGUUCAGUUCUCAAUACAGUCCAGAUGAAACUACAAUUAUGAUUUUCUUCUUCGCUAAAAACCCAGCAGAGUUCUCGUGUCAAACAUUCAUUCCUUUCCGGCUUUGCGUGCGAAGCUGAUUAAGCUAGUCAGAUAUCAACAAUUUCCGGAAUGUUAUUCAGGAGUAUUGAUGGAUGUGACUUCGCAAUUGGCCACUCCCGGUACAGUCAUCAAAUGAUCGAUCUAUCCAAUUCACGAGUUCAUUUCUCCACAGUUUGACGUUAAUGAAAAACCCUUUGACGAGGCCUCCAAUCACGUGAGCCAGAAGAGUUCCAAAUUCUGAGUCCGGAUUUUCAGCCAGAUUUUCGGACCACUGAGGAGAAGAAUACAAUGCAAAUAUGGCAGAAUUUAUCGGACACUCACACUCGUCCCAAUGAUUCCUCCAUUCAUGGGCUGUCUGAAGACAUGCAUCUUCGACUCUGCCACAGGACGAAGAAGACGGCGGUGAGUGGGUCGCGAGCUGACGAGCAUGCCAAUUGUCACGUUCCGAUCGGAUUUCUCGAGCUCAGUCGAGCAGGAAACAGCGAGAGAGUACGAUGUUCUUGUUCCGAGCGUCGCUGUUUCACGAUCCGAUGGAGAUCGAGAGCUCGCCUCGGUGCUAGUGCGAAAGCGUUCUUAUAGCGAGAGUUGAGACUAUUCCGCACAACAAGGUGAAAGCGUCCAAAUGUACGAUCUUCGUUCAUGUCGUUUCAAGGUCGAUCGAACUUUAUGGACGACCCAGAGUUUCGAUUUCAAUGGUCCGCGGACAGAUUUGGCGCCCUCGCAGGCGGGAGCGUGGGAAAUUUAGGGUUAAGAAUUUCGGAAUUGUCUCCUCGUAUUUAUAGGAGCGAUCGUGGCCAUGGCUUCCUUUCCUUCUUGCAGUAUGCAAAUGUGGCACUGGCACUGGAGUGGAUAUUCGCAUCGACCCCGUUUGAUUUAAAUCACGCCAUGUGUGCCACCAUCGACCGCAUUGUGUAAUCGAAAAAACCCGCCCGACUUCAUUUAUCAUUCAUGGUGAAAUUCGGGCUUUCAGUGAUAGCGUGGAAGGAUGAGUAGAACAACGUGCAUCCGCCUCUUCCACGAUGCAAUCCGGGAAGUGUUCUACCCUGCGUCUCGUUACUUUUGGUACAUUUGAUUAUCGUAUCGUGACUCGCAUGUGGCUCAGAUUGUAGCACUCACCAUUCGUCUUCUAUUCUGUGUUCCGUGCACAUUAGGAACUAAUAUGGCUAAUUUGGCUCCGUAAUUUGGGUCCGCUGCCAACAUUCACCACACGCUUUCCAUUGUGGUGAAUGUCACAACCGCGAAGCUGCAAACCAAUUUGUAGGUUUUAAAGUGUUGAUCUUCUCAGUCUGCUAAUCAUGUAGAGCUAGCUUUGACAAAAACUGACCUUCAGAUUUUCCUAUUGAUGUUUCGAAUCAUUACUUCACGGAUUCUCUGCGUUGUGUCAUUGCACGAAGAUUCAUCCUAUUAGAGAAUUCUUGUAAAGAAGUUCGAACCAGAGAUGUACUACAACCUACUUACUCCGAGCUGCGAUGACGAGUCCCGAACCUGAUCCGAAGGAUCGAGGAAAAAAACCGGAAGUCAGAGAAAUAUCUCCAGCCAGAAGACCUUUGGCUCGAGGUUCGGGCUCGCUCUUGAAUACACUUCUCGGUUGUGCGACCUUUGCGGAGGCGAUCUGUAAAACAGCGCGGAGGACUGAUGUCAUCGAACCUUUGAGGCUACCUGCGCCCAGCUCCAGAGAUCCUCAGUCUCAGACACCUCCUUCUCAAAGUCAGGUGCAGUAUUCUCCAGGACAGAAAAAUUUCCUUGAACUCUCCCUGGGCGCAGCUAAAAAGACACUAACUUCAAGAGACAAUAGUCCGUCGACUCACUCUGCAAAAGAUGUACCUCGUGCUCCAACUCUACAACUACUGUCUACUUCCCCGGCAGGCACGAGAUCCCCUUACAAUGUCCGAGCUUCAUCUCCAGUUCGAGCGUCAUCUCCAGUCCGAGCGACAUCUCCAGUCCGUGCGUCAACUCCAGUCCGAGCGACAUCUCCAGUCCCAGCGACAACUCCAGUCCGAGCGACAUCUCCAGUCCCAGCGACAACUCCAGUCCGUGCGUCAACUCCAGUCCGAGCGACAUCUCCAGUCCCAGCGACAACUCCAGUCCCAGCGACAUCUCCAGUUCGAGCGGCAACUCCAGUGCGGCCCUCAUCGCCGCCGCCGCCGCCGCCGUCGCCGUCCCAAGGGGGAGCUGAGGCCAACUAUCCAAACGUCAUGGAUAGAUAUGGCCACAUUCCAACGCUCGCAGAUGGAACUAUCGACGCUGGCUGGGUUGGAAGGAACCUCGGCGGUGGACACGAGGAAAAUGCCAGACAGAGACAGAUGAUGGGCAUGCCCCCGAGAGACCCUAUCGUGAGAAAUCCGAGAUCAACUGGAAGUGUCACGAAAGCGCCAUCUCCAGUGAGGCCGGCAACAUCUCCUCCCCGCGCGAUAGCUCAGGACACGGACUCAGACUCAGACUCAGACGACUCAGAACGAUUUAGCAAAAGUCCAACGCACCACAGCCAAGACCAGUCGCCCACGCGACCCCGAGCGAUGUCUUACGAUCCUCAAACACAAGGACUUUUGGACGGUAUACAGAGAUCAAGAGAAACGACUCCAGUCAUUGAUCUAGCUCAUGAUACUGACACUUCAUCAGACACAGAGCGCGAAGGUGCUGAAGCCGUGGACAAUCCUCAGUUGGCUGCGGAGAAACGUCAUGUUGAAGCACUGAAGCACUUUGCCAAACAGGAGGUGACCAGAAGGCAGGUUUUGUGGUCCCGGGGACAAUAUCCGCAGCAUCCACAAGUCAGACCUGAGAUGGAAAUUCUGGAAGCGAUAGACGAAGAAGCUGAUGAUAUAAUAAAAACCAUGGUCUCAGGUUCCAAGAAGCUAACCACUGCGGCAACUGCUCAGCCGUCAGUCAUUGCAAUUGUAUUUCACAAGAGCCUACCCACACAGCGACAAGCUGACCACCUCAUUAAACUGUAUAAGAAUUUUUGGAGAGGAAUCCCUUUUCAUGAAUCUGUAAGGUGUGAUCAACAGAGUGAUGCUUUUGACUGCUGCUGGUUCGAUUAUUUUGGGACAUUGGCCUUAUUACCUCCAGAACAUGACGAUAUCAGGGAAUAUCACAUGUUCAAAAGAUUGAGAGCGGAUAUUACAAGAAUCUGUUCAAGAUACAUAGAAGAUACUCCAGGAGCAUUUGUGUGGAGUUUUCCGAACUUCGCUCGAGAAAUUCUAUGGGAUUGGAGGAUGCAACAUCUAGAUGUGGAUCCAGCUUCACCGACUUUCGAAUUUCUCGUCAAGUUCCCACCAGAGAAUGACCAAGCAAGAUUGUCGAGAGAGACCGGGCUCUCGAGAAAAGAUUUGAUGUACUUUUACAGUGACAAAGCUGCGAAGAGGACUGCAAGGGAACCUGCCCCGCCAAAACCUGGCAUGGUGUAUGAUCUGCCAGAACAAGUUCGGAAAGGUCUCAGGGAUUUCGCAAUCGACAACCCUGAGCCGGGCACUCAAAUUCAUUCAAUCCACAUUUCACACAUCCGCAUGGAAGCCGGAUUGCCCCAAUCGGGGGGCAUGCAGCCGAGGGAAAUACGGAAGCAAGUCGAAAUAUUCCGACUGCGAAACCAGAGAAAUAGGGAUUUGAUAGAUGAGUUCAGGGCCAGACCGCUACCUCCGGGAGCGGACAUGCCACGGCUGCGGAAUAGAGGAUUGGGGUACGAGCUGGCUGUGGCUCUGGCGAAGGUGAGAAAGGACUUCCCGGACGCAACGCUGCAGAUGACUCUGAACGUCGACGAGGCCGUCCGGCACCGAGAGUACAGGCGCCAGCUCCACGAGACUAGCAAGGAGUACGCGAAGCUGACGCCGGAGCAGAGGGCCAAGCUCGACGCUGAGCGCAGGGAACGCCUGCUCGCGAGCUGCCGCGAGAUUCGCUACAUGCUCGAUCUGGCCGACGCCGAGUCGGAUGAAGAUCGCGCGAGGCCUUUCACGUCGACUUGGAGGACGCGAGCCCCAGAAACGUCCAGCUCAGGCAGCGACUAUCUUCCGGGCUCUGAGGCGGAUGCAGAUGCCACUUCUUCUUCGAGGUUGACAGAUUCCGGCUCUGAUUAUUUGUCUGAUGGCAAUAGCCCUUGGCCGCCCAGCAGAAAUUUCUAUCUUGAGGUCGCGGUGCCGCCAGACAGCAACAAAAGGCAGAGAAUUGGCGACGGAGAAGAUGCACCAAGGUCGCCGGGAGGAGGCAACCAACCUCCCAGCCCUCCCAGCCCUCCCAGCCCUCCCAGCCCUCCCAGAGAUUCGUCACCAAAAACUGCCAGACAACGAUCGGUCUCGGAUGAGGCUGGAGAGAGCGGCAGAAGCAAAAGGCAGAGAGUCGGCGACGGAGUUGAUGGAUCUAUGUCUCCGCCGAGAGGUGACCAGAAUUUAAGCCCUUCCGGACAACCUCACCCAGCUCCCAGCCCUCCCCACAAUACCGGACAACUUCCUGGAACAAAUCCCAGCCCUACACGAUCAGAGACGCCUACAAUGAUUCUUGACAGUUCACAGUCUACACUGAAACCUUGGUCAGAUUCUAGUUCUUCUAUUCGACAGGGUGGAAAAUCUGGUCGCUCGAAACAAGCAUCUACGAGCGAGGUGGUGAAUCAGCCCGCUCCAUCGCGAGGAAAUCAAGGAGCUGACCCGAAUUUCAGCCCUUCCACACAACCUCACCCAGCUCCCAGCCCUCCCCACAAUACCGGACAACUACCUGGAACGAUUCCCAGCCCUACACGAUCAGAGACGCCUACAAUGAUUCUUGACAGUUCACAGUCUUCACUGAAACCUUGGCGGUCACAUUCGUCGGGUUCUGAUUCUUCUACGAAACCCCCUCCAGGUUCUGGUCACUCCAAACAAGCAUCUACGAGCGUGGUGGUGGAUCAGCCCGCUCCAUCGCAAGGAAGUCGAGGAAAUCGAGGAAGUCGACGAAGUAGCGAAGAGAAAGGAAGCCCUGGGCCUGCGGGGUCUCGGGGGUCUCGGGGGUCUCAGGGGUCCGCAGCAGCAUCCAUGGCCCCGCCUCCCUCGGCCAACCUGGCUGCGUACCUUAAACUUGGUAGCGACUUGUUACGCCGUCAGGAUCUGCAGAGACAGGCGUUUUUAGCGAACCUCGUAGGCGCGCAGCCGAUGUCGUCCACCACCUCCUCCGCUCAGCUGUCUGACAUCCUUCGACGUGGUAGCUACGAGCUGGCCCAACCGCAGCACUGGUCGCAGUCCGCCAUUGCGGACUUCGUCAACGCCGCAAACAUUUACUUGCCGCCUGACUCCGCCGGAGAGCUUUUCGACCUCCUCCGACGCGCAGCGGAAGUGGUGAUGCGGCGAGAGCAGUCGCGGUAUACCGGACUGACGGAUUUCAUCUUGCGUGAAGUCGCCAGGAGGCACCCGGCGGCGGCCAAGUUGGUGGACCAGGUGGCGGAAUUCGACCGGCGACAACGAGAAGACGAUAUCUGGCGAAUCGCCAACGCAAUGUACCACGACGAACACGGCGACUCGGGGAUUCGCGAUUUCAGGGAGGAGUAUAACAACGCCCUCUCGAGCUCUUCGCAGGGAAGCACCGGCCAGACAGAUGCGAAUGCUGGUGCCAUAGUGGUAGCAAGCCAGUCAGGAUCGUCAGGAUCUUCCGGAGGCACGAAUUCAGGAGCACGGCCCAGGAAUUUGGUGCCUCAAGAGAUUCUCGACAGGAUGAUGACCGAAGAUGACUCCAUGAUAGAGCUCGUCUCGCAAGUCUUGGUCGAUCGCCUGUUCGGGCAGAGGUUAGCGGGACAAGCCUUCGUGAGACAUCAAACGAAUCCGGGGCAGUGGAGAGCAAAUCGGGCGUCACAAUUGGACUACAAUGCACAAUCGGGUUUAGUUGGUGAUUACGAAUUCCUUGCAGGGACUGCAGAUUUUAACGAGCAGCCAAAUCAGAAUCCACUCGUCAGGUUUGAAUUGCAGUCGUCUUCAGAAACACAAAGUGAAGACUUGCCUGCAGACCAAAAGCAAAGACCCCAAACCAGUAGUAUUGUUGUCGGUGAUGUGCGUAUUUUACCUGCAGAUCAUACGUACCUGAACAAAACUCCUGCCCUGGAACUAACCUUUCGAGGUGAAGGAGGACCAUCACCAUUCUCUCCCGCACCUGAUGAAAUUCCAGGAUAUACGCGCGCUUCUGACGUUUACGCCCCACCCGAUUUAAUUAAGGGCUUUGAGGAUAAUGGUGUUCUUAGCCUGGCAACACCCGUUCCCGGCAGCUUUUCCAGACUCGUGAAUCCAAAUCCGGAUGGUGACCCAGAUGCUCCUAUACAGGCGCUGGCAGAUUUCUUUGAUAAAUGGAAAUUUGGUAGCACCUUAUUACAAGCCGUGUACAGCGAGUUGGAUCGCCGGAUUAGAGAUGAAAACUUCAUGCAGCAAUCCUUGGGCAACAUUUGGGAUUUGGUGGAAAGACCGGUUGGUCUGAGCCCCCAAGGCUUUGAAGGACGGGUUUGGGCCCAGAAAUCCAAUUCCUCCGUAACGCUAGGCCAAAGCCCUCAAGGUAGUCAAGCUUCUCAAGCUUCGCAAGCUGGCGGAGGUGCUCGAGGGGUCAUUCCUCCUCCUCCCAGAUUGAGCAUCUUACCCUCUGACCAUAUGGACUCCAGAUCUGGUUACUAUAAUCCAAGCAAGUCCAGUCGAAGUUCUAGAUCCGUCAGCCCUGACCAAGGUCCCAGAGCAUCAGUAAGCUCAGUCAGCUCUGCUGGGUCCAGUAGCAACGUCAAACGAAAACCAUCGGCCGCAGGUCCGCAGCUUUCAAGGAACAAUCCUUCCGAGACUGCCACUUUUCUGCUGAAUGAGGUGCAGACUUGUCCGGACGAAGCGAAGAGACAACUCGACGAAGCCGUGGCUACUCUUGCAGAGGAAAUGGAAGAUGCCUUGCGGCGUGAUAGAGGUCGAUAUCCAUACUCUGAAUCGUAGAGGCAUUUCACCGACUGUUCACGAGCGUGUAAGAAAUCCUGCAAACUGGUUCGUCGCCAACCCCAACGCUGCACACUGAAUCUUGUAUAAUAACGAGCGGAAAAAGCCAUCGUAAGCAAGUACAGGACAGGUUAUUCUCCUCAUUAUAUUUUUUGGAAUAUGUUUGUGGAGGGAACCAUUUUGCUGUGACAGGGUCCCUUCUACGUCGCAUGCUGUUUCAAAACACAAAACAGAUAAAUUUUACCCAAGAAGAACAAAGUGCGAAAAGCUCACAAUAGUCGACCGUUGAAAGAGAAAGAAAAGAACUAGAUAGAACAAACCACGACCAGGUGACUUGUAACAUAGAUGAAGAUAAAGGAGUAAGAUGGGGCUGGCUCCAAUGCACUCAAAACGUAUAGCAACCAUUUAGUCCAAAUGUGACACCAACUGUAGUAGCAUACUAAGAUGCAUCAAAAAUCCUGAUUUUUUUAUUGCAACGGCUAGAGCUCUCUCAAGAGUAAAGAGUAACUUAUACACAUGAUGUUAAAAGUACACAAGGUUUUUUAAAUUCGGGUCAUUUUAAUCUUAUGGUACGGAAGAUUCUAG